GGUUGUCGAUGAUGUACAGGUGGAGAAGGGUGUACGGUGUAAAGGGGACAAAUCAGACUCCCCGCUCGGAUGAUGUAACCCUCUUUGCCCCAUUGCAGAGGCGCGGGAAUGCGUGAACUGCGGAGCGACUACCACACCGCUGUGGCGCCGGGACGGCACUGGACACUACCUGUGCAACGCCUGCGGGCUCUAUCACAAGAUGAACGGCCAGAACCGCCCCCUCAUCCGGCCCAAGAAGCGAAUGAUCGUGAGCAAGCGGGCAGGGACGCAGUGCGCCAACUGUCACACCAGCACCACCACCCUGUGGAGACGCAACAUCAGUGGAGAACCGGUCUGCAACGCCUGCGGGCUGUACUACAAGCUGCACAACGUGAACCGCCCUUUGGCCAUGAAGAAGGAUGGGAUUCAGACCCGGAACAGGAAGGUCUCCAACAAGUCAAAGAAGGGCCGGAAGGUGCCCGAGGCAUUCGGCGAACUGCCCAAGGACUUCAGCGAGGAGCCACGCACCCUGGCCCUGGGCUCCCCAGCCUUCUCCAUGCCCUACAGCCACUCCCCCCACUUUGUUUCCCCCUCUGCCCUACACCCUCAGUCCAGCCUCACCUACACCACCAGCAUUUCCACCAGCAUGGUGUCUGCCCUCAGUUAAGGGCCCCCUCCACUUCCCUGUUGUCAACCCUGCCUCCCCCCAGCCUCAUCCAUUGGGAUCCAACCAGCUCGCCCCACUUCCCAGAUCCCUGUACAUACAUCCCUACCUUCUCCCUCCUCCAGCUCUCAACAUCAUCCAUAAGACAGGAGCAGAAUUAGGCCAUUUGGCCCAUCGAGUCUGCUCUGCCAUUUCAUCAUGGCUGAUUUAUUAUCCCUCUCAGCCCCAUUCUCCUGCCUUCUCCCCGUAACAUUCGAUCCCCUAUCUAAUCAACAACCCCUCAACCUCCGCUUUGAAUAUACCCGAGGACUUGGUCUCCACGGUCGUCUGUGUCAACAAAUUCCACAGAUUCACCUCCCUCUGGCUGAAGGAAUUCCUCCUCAUCUCUGUUGUGAAUGGACGUCCCUCUAUUCCAAGCCUGCGCCCUCUGAUCCUAGACUCCCCCACUACAGGACACAUUUCCACAUCCACUCUGUCUAGGCCUUUCAAUAUUUGACAGGUUUCAAUGAGAUCACCCCUCAUUUUUCUAAACUCUAUUGAGUACCUGGAGCUAUCAAGCAAUCUUCAUACAUUCACCCUUUGGUCAUCGCUCCUGCAGAGGGAGGCUCCCCCGGAUGAGAUGGCAGUUCUAAACCUUCUCCCGCCCACCCCACGAGGGUGUCCCUGGUUUCUCCACUGCCCUCCCCCACCUCAGGGUACCUGGCUUCGAAGUUCCCUCAGGGUCCAGAGCCCCCACCUGCCUUGGGAUGUGGAGGCGGUUGUAGUUGGCUCCUCCCUGUCCUGAAUUCUGGAGCGACCACCGCUGAGCCUCCUGUCUAUCUGCUUCUCCUUCCUUCCACACUUGCUUCCUCCUUUACCACAGCCAUCAGUCCGUUUGCACCGUCGGUCCAAUCCGCCCGCCCUCCC